AUGGCCCCAGAUACGCCGGCAGAAUUAAAAGAAACAAUCACGACCUUGGGCCAGAACACCUUGGUGUCCAAAGUGCCUUCCGACAACCGAAUCCAACUACUCUUUGAUCUCCCGCAUCUUCUUAAUGCCGAGAAAGCCUUGUCAACUUUUUAUUCGCCCGACUCCCAAAAUACGCAAGACCGGUUGCAGAAGCUUCGCGAAUUCGAAAACAGAGGAAAUAGUCUGGAUUCAGAGCUGUUUGAUUUCUGUAUUCUGGACCAUGUUCCUUCUCCAAACACCGGCAUUGUUAGAUGGGCUGUAUAUCGAAUGGGAUAUGGAUGCUAUUUUUUCUCAAACGACGACGUUGUGUUGGCUGAAGAUUCAGAAAUGAAGCAAGAGGAAAGCUUUGUUGCACCAUGGCGAAGAGUGAUCGUCUGCAAAGGGCUGUCGGCAGUUACAAGUGCAGGAACCUCGAUCGAAUUAACCCUAAUGUUGAUGCCUCCCGCGCCUUCCACAUCACCUUCUACGAAAUCAUCGUCCACAGAGCGCAACACCUUCCCCCAGCCACGGAAAUCUGUUCUGGAAAUUGGCCAAAUCCAGGUUAGCGAGGUUGCGCUCAUCAAAGAGGCGUACUCAAUGCUCACGUCUCGAUGGCUAAAAGGGUCAUGCGGCACUCCCGAAGAAAUCAAGCGUCAAAUAGACGACACUGUUGAAACGGUCAAAGCUCGUCGGGACGGACUAUUCAACGCAAGUGCUCUAAGUGAGACCCGAAACUCGAAUCACUUGGGACAGAAUGUAAAGCUUCUCACAUAUGUGAGCAUUUUCUACCUUCCACUCGCAUUUUGCGCCGCGGUAUGGGCAAUUCCGAAUAUCGAUAUGAGCGGCACAAAGACUGCCUUCAGUGUCACGGCUCUGGUCCUCGGUUUAGUGAACUUUAUGGUCGUGGCCAACUUGAGAAACCUUUCUCGCUUCUUCGGAGGUAUAUACAAAGUUUGGAGAACUCAGGUUGUGCAACAGAUGCAGAAUGAUCCCGAGGGCGAUACGAAUCAGAUUGGCCGGAAUUUGGAGAGCUCGUGGUCUGAGCGGGUAACAGGGCCAUCGGAAUGGUUGAUUCUACGGUACCAGUUCAUCAAGUUCUUUCGCCUGAUCAAAUCGUUUGUUCGCAGAAAGCAACCAAAGCGUGAUGAAGGUUCACUUUGGGGAGAUAUGGAUCUUUAA